AUGCGAUGCCGUACAUUCUUCAAUACAUUCGUGACAACUGGUUGCUGUUCAUAUAGAAACCUUAAAAGAAACAAGUAUCUCGCAUUGUGGUGCACUAGAGCGGAACUUGAACGUAUUCGUGGUAUGGAGAGGUAUAUAGUCACGCAUCGGCGUGAUGUUAAUACUUGUGUGUUGUAUAACGUCUUACCUGAGACAAAAACUAGUGAUCAAGAGUCACAACAUAAAUUAUGGUUAGGGAAAACCGUUUUUGAAGAAUUAAUGCCAGUUGACGCAAACGACUGGGUGCCAAGAUACAUUUUACGAUUUGAAGAUAUGAACACUAGUGAUUUAGUGUUCUGCAAGACGCAGGUGGUUGCAUGCAUGCAGGAUUUCGAACGAGUUAUACAGCGACAGCUGAAUGGGUUCUUUUAUUUAAUAGUGCAGGCUGCUGGAUUAGACGUAGUACUUGAAUUGCGAAUACUUGAUGCAAUAGAUGAGCAACGAUUUAGGGACAUGUGGUAUAGGAUGAGAGAUGAGUAUGAGAUGAUGGAAGAGAUGUCAGAUAAGAGCAAUCUAAAUAAAAGUUUCCACAAUACCGUGCCUUCAGGUAGGUGA